CAGAGCCUAGAGGGGAGGAGGUGGGCUGCGGGCAGGGCCGGAUCCAGGCACCUGACGUGGGGACAGCAGGGACAUGAAGCGAGAGGCCGGAGUGCUGCGGUCAUGGCGUGCAGUGAGUGCAUGGGGUCUUAGCCGUGCAGCGAGUGCGUCAGGUCUCAAGCCCACACCUGCAUUCAUCAGUGUCCCCCUGCCCCGCGGUGGGAGAACAGUGGCGGGUGUCUGUCCCCCAGCCUGUCCCUGUGUUGUCCCCUCGGGGUGAGCUGACCGUGUCCGUUGUCAGCCGGCUGCUCUUUGCACGGUGCCUGACGCCAGGGUGAUGGGCGCUCACGACUGGGGUGCCUGGGGCUGAGGAAGGGGGUGGUGGGGACGGGUUUCACGGCUCUCACGGGGAAGACGGCGAGCAGGAGGUCCCCGGGGAGGUGACGGGACAAGCCCGGGCUGGGCGCGAGCCAGCCCCGGGCGUGGGGAGGCGACGGGGCGGAGGACGCGCACCCAAGGCGCCCGCACCCACACGCCUCUGACGCUCCAGCACCCGCACCCGCCCUGGCCUGGCAGGGGGUAGGGGGUCCUGGGGAGUCCUCCCCCCUGCCACCAUGAAGCGGAUGUUCUCCUGCUCCAGCUCGCAGGUGGCGGUUGAGAGCUGGAACAAGCAGGACCAGAAGCUUUUGGAAGCGGUGGAGAAGGGCGACGUGGGCAGGGUGUCCGCCCUCGCCUCCCGCAAAACAGCCCGGCCCGCCAAGCUCAACGCCGUGGGGCAAUCUGCCUUCCACCUGGCUGCAUCCAAGGGUCUCACCGAGUGCCUGACGCUGCUGCUGGCCCACGGGGCCCCCAUUAACGAGAAAAAUGAUGACGGCAGCACCGCUCUGCAUCUGGCCACCAUCGCCUGCCAGCCCCAGUGCGUCAAGGUCCUGCUGCAGUAUGGUGCCAACGAGAGCCAUGUGGAUGGGCAGAACCGAACCCCCCUGCACUGGGCUGCCUCCUCAGGCUGUGCCUCCAGCGUGCUGCUGCUCUGUGACCAUGAGGCCCUCCUGGACGCCACUGACGCUCAUGGGCAGACCCCCCUGAUGCUGGCGGCACGGGGGAACCACGCUGCCAUCUGCGCCCAGCUCCUGCAGCGAGGGGCCGACCCCAACCUGACUGACAAGGACAAGAAGACCGCCCUGACGCUGGCCUGCGAGCACCGCAGCCUGGAGUCGGCCGAGCUGCUGCUGAGCCAUGGGGCAGUCGUGGGGGAUGAGGACUGCUGGCACUACACCGGGCAGACCUCCAGCCGCGUGCUCCGGUGGCUCCUGCGCAGCACCCACGGUGGCGGGAGAGAGAACGGUGCUGGCUGUGCCGGGGACCCUGCGCCACAGGUGGGAACCCAGGGAGAGGGGACCCUGGGCAGCGACAGUGAGGAGGAGGAUGAAGAGCAGCAGGACGGGUCCGAUGCCUGGCGGGUGCAACGGCUGCAGGCGCGUCUGGCGAGGAAGACGCGGGAAUGCCAGCGGCUGGCGGCCACCGCCGCCAGCAUCCGGCAGCAGGUGCGGGACCUGGCACGGCUCCUGCCCGGGUGUAAAGCCAGGGACGGGACGGAGGAUGAGGAUGGUGCCUGCCUGACUCUCCUGGCCCAGCACAUGGAGGAGCUGAGGAAAAGGAUGCUGGCCGAAGGGGAUGGAGGACAACAAACCAUGGCACAGCUUGAUGGCGAUGAUGGAGUGCCGGUGCUGGCCCCGUUCCUGACCUGGCUGGGGGACGAGUGUACCAAGAUGCGGGCAGCGAAGGCGAGUGCCUUCACCCGGAGCAAGGGGCUGCGGAAGGAGGUGGAGGAAGCCCUGCGGAGCAAACUGCACUACGAGGUGGUGUCGGCUGAUGCCGUCCGGAGGAGCUUGGCGGCUUGGGAGAAAAUGGUGGUGGGGCUGGAGCAGACCCUGAGCCGUGCCGAUGAGACCCACGCCAAGAUGCUUCAGGGAUCCCGCAUCCUCCUGGAAAAUCUCCAGCGGGAGCCAGUGCAGCUGCUUGCCAGAACAGCACCUUCCCAGUGCCCGGUGAACGGCACGGAGCCGGCUCUGGGUGGGAAGAGCCAAGAGGAGCUGCCAAGGGAGGGUAGGAACUUGGAGAAGGAGAUGCUGGAGCUGAAGGAGAGCAACGGGAUGCUCCUGGGGGAGCUGGCCCGGCUGAGCCGCGAGCGGGAGCGGCUGCAGGAGGAGCUGCGGAGGCUGCGGGAGCAGGACCCCGAUGCUGAACCGGUGGCGGAAGGUGCCGGAGCAGCCGCCCUGGCCCGGGCGCUGGCGGCCGAGAGGGAGGAGGCAGCGAGGCUGCGGCGGAGGUUGGCAGGGCAGCGACAGGAGCUGGCGGUGCUGCGGGAUGGGGUGGGCAAGCGGGUGCAGGAGGCAGCCGGUGAUGCCAGUGCCGGCAUCCUGCGGGAGCUGCACCUCAAGCUGGAUGGGCUGGUGAGGUCCCAGCACGAGGCCUUGCAACUUGUUGCAGAGAUGGAGGGUGAGGGUACCCCGGGUGAAGGAGCUCCCCAUAGCGAUGGGGAUGGUGGGGCUGGGCUACUGGGCGAGCUGGAGGAUGCACUGGGUGAACUGGUCAAGGAGCUGGGGACGGCGUCAGGUCCCCGCGUGCCACGGCUGCUGGAGCGGCUCGCCGGCACCACCGCCACCCUGCGCGGCUGGGCGUUCCUCGGGGAGCAGUGGGAGCAGCCGGGGGCCGAGGCCGAGCGCUGGCGGGUGGCGGCAGCAGAGGAGAAGCGGGCAAAGGAGGCAGCGGUGGCCCAGGCAGCCGAGCGGGAGCGGGAGGCACAGGAGCUGCGGGAGAAGGCUGAGGGGCUGGAGCGGAGCGUGGGGAACCUGCGGGCAAAGGCGGGCGAGCUCUCCAGGGCCUGCCGGGACAAGGAGGGGAAGGUAAGGAGUGGGAGGGCCUGGGACAUGGGCUGGCGGGAACAGGGGCACCUUCCCAUCACCAUCCCCAUCAUCACUGUACCCUUCUUGUCAAUGUCCUCUUCCCAUUGCUGUCCCCAUCAUCACCAUCCCCUUCCCAUCACCAUCCCCUUCCCAUUGCUGUCCCCAUUGCCAUUUCCUUCCCAUCGCCAUCUCCUUCCCAUCACCAUCCCUGUUGCUGUCCCCAUCACUGUCCCCAUCAUCACCAUCCCCUUCCCAUCGACAUCCUCUUCCUGUCACUGUUCCCAUCACUGUCCCCUUCCCAUCACUGUCCCUAUCACUGUCGCCUUCCCAUUGCUGUCCCCAUCACCAUCCUCUUCCCAUCAUCAUCCCCUUCCCGUUGCUGUCCCUGUUGCCAUCUCCUUCCCAUCACUGUCCCCAUCACCAUCCCCUUCCCAUCACUGUCUCCCUCCCAUCACUCCCCCCCAUCACCUCUCACCCCCACCCCAGUGUUUCACCAGCCCGAUGUCCCCGGGGGGAGCCGGGUUUGGGGGGCCGGGGGCUGCCCAGGACCUCUGGGGCAACCGUGAGAUUCUUCCCACUUGAGUCCAUCUCCCAGCCAAAUCUGAGAGGGGAGCAGAUGGGAACCAAAGGGACAACCCCGGGGUGUGACGGGGAGCGGCUGGUCCCCAUCAGCACCCUGACUUUGCCCCCCCCCCCCCACCGGUACCCA